AGCUGGUUGAUCGUCACAUCAGCAGCAGCAGCAGCAGAUCUGAGGUUGAUGCAAGCAGCAAUUUGAGCCCCAAACAAGAACAAGAUGACUGAAGAUCAGCGCUACGUGAUCACUGCCCGAGUUAUCGGAGGAGUCCACAGAGAGAAGCCAAAACUUAAGACGUUCAUGGUAUCGGUCCUCUGGUCUGAUAAAUCUGAGGUGAUCAUCUACAGGUCCUUCCAGGACUUCGAGAAGUUUCAUAGACAACUGAAAAAGAAGUUUCCCAAUUUCAAUCCUUUUCGGAAGAACGACAGAAUGAUCCCAAAGUUCACUGGAAAGGCCAGAAGAAGCAGCCUUCAGCAGAAAGGAUCCAAGAAGUCUGUGAGGCAGAUGACGUUCCUGGAGACCUACUGCGACCAACUGCUGAAGUGUGAGCAGACUGUGACCCUGAGCUCGGAGGUAGCAAGGUUCUUCACGCCCAAAGACCACGACCUGCAGACGGACUUCACCAAGAACACCGUCAUGAUCCUGAUGUCUGAAGAUGUGGAGGGCGGAAGAGGAGGAGAGGGUGCUCCUCGCCACCAGGUGGGCAACGUCACCAACCCGUUUGUCACCCAGACGUACCGCUGCGUGGCACCCUAUGAGACCAAGGACACCAAGAACCGGCUGUUGAAGGUGGCUGCAGAUGAGACGCUGGAUGUCCUGAUCAAAGACCCGGCAGGUUGGUGGCUGGUGGAGAGCGAAGACAAGCGCCUGGCUUGGUUUCCUGCUCCCUACCUGGAGCUUUCUGAAGGAGAAGAUGAGGAUAAUGAUGGAUUCUUGGGAGCUUCCUUGUACUGUGCUGUGAGGAGCUACUCAACCACAAAGGCUGAUGAGGUGGCUGUGUCCAUUGGCUCCGUGGUGGAGGUGUUGAGGAAGUCUGAUGACGGCUGGUGGCUCAUCAGAUUCAAUGGCAAGGUUGGUUACAUCCCGUCCAUGUACCUGCAGCCCCACAACAACCCACGGGCAGGUCUACAUGGCUUGCACAGACAUCUGCACAGUUCCUCUCUGAAUCUGACCAGCAGCACACAGUCCCGACGUUCUCAUCUAGAGAGAAUUAAAGAAAACAGCUCCAAACAGGACCCCAGACGGCAGUCCGCUGUCCCUGCAUGUCGCCCCAGGGCCCAUUCCCUGGACGUCCUCUCAGAGACCUGGCCCCACACCCAGACGCAGCAUGACACCUUGAAAUCUAACAGCAACGGCUCCAUCUUCUCCAGGUUUUCCUCCAGCAGCAACUCCUCCUCAAGCCUUAGGGAGGAGGUGCAGGACCAAACAAGCGAUCCUGACUCACCUCUCCAGGCCGACGAUACAGGCUGCAGCUUCUCCGAACGCUACAACACCCAUUCCAGGUUCAGCACUGGAAACUCUGGAUCUGCCAGGUCCAAAAGUAGCAAGACAGCUUCAGUAGCUCCCAGGGUGCCAUGUAGACCAAAGAAGGAGGAGAUCCUGACUCGCUGCAGCACCAUGACACGCAAGACGGCCUUGGCCACCAAGAUGCGCCUUGAGAUGGAAGCAGACUCCAUUCACAGCCGCUUGUGAGAGUCGAGUCGAGCCAUUAGAACCCUGGAAGAAGCUGCGGUCUUCAUCGCUCUUUUCUAAUGUUAACAUUAUAUUUGUACUCUAUGAUGUAAACUAUAUUCUCACACACAGAUGGCUUUUGUGCAGCAUUAUUUGUCAGGUUGUUUUCAUGCUGGUCGGGAUGAUUACAAACCAAGUGUUAGAAAUGUUCUUCUGUUAAACUGUUUGCAUGUUGACAGCGUAGCUUCAGCAAAGCAUUACAGCAGGUAGGAACAGGAAGAUGAACAGGAUUCACUUACUUUAACAAGACUGUAGAAAAUCUUCAUGUAAACUUUGAUUUUGUUUUACUUUUGUCUGCUUGAGGCUGCAGGAUCUGAACUGUUUCUGAAACUUGAAUCAAUGUUUGAUUUGCUUCCUUAUGUCCAGCAGCCUCGUUGUUACUCCAUGGACACUUUAGCAGGUUGUAUUCUGUGUUUAAACAGAUUCUGAUGAUGCAAAUGAUCCCCAGGAGGUUCUGCUGUUAGGCUGCAGCAGGAGCCACCAGCAGGGAGUCAGUUGACGAUGCUGAUAAAUCCCAGCUCCUCAUCUGGAUAAAUCCUGACUAUAUUUAACUGAAGUUCAUCCUGAAACCUUUGCUGAUGAAAUAAAAAUAUG